GACAGCAGCAGCAGAUUAAGCCGAGUAGUAAACAGUGGGCUGGGCAGUAUCAGGCCGGCGUGUUCCUUCUGUCUACAGGCUAUUCCAGUGAGGUGUUGUCCGGGUAGAUCCCCAGAAGCAGCAAGGCCCCGCAAGGUUUAAAACCCGCUUGAGGUGCAGCUGAAAUCUGGGCUCAGUCAACCAGAGCAGAACACGACAUUGUGCUCUUUAAUUGUGCCGGCUUACUUGACAGCGCAACUUUGCGUAAAAGCGCCUGAGAUAUUCGUAGUUCAAAAGCCUCGUAGCUUGAAAUGUGUUGAUGAAUUAGAAGAAAAGGGAGCAAUCCUGGUGCACGUAAAGUGUUUUGCAGAAAUUAUUGAGUUAUUUGUGGAGCAAUGGAAAAAAAUGCAUGCCCCGCAAAAACGGAUGGGCCUUCAGUUACUCAAGGUUGUCCAAAGUUGGCAGAACUGCAACAAAAAAAUAACUCGGCAAAUGAAUACAGCAUUUACAUGGAUUAUAAUGCAACCACACCUAUGGAGAGUGAGGUAAUGCAGACUAUUACUGAGGCCAUGCAGGAGGCCUGGGGAAAUCCAAGCAGUUCUUAUGCACCAGGUAGGAAUGCCAAAGUGUUGAUAGAUUGGGCAAGGGAGACCAUAGCUCAGAUGGUUGGAGGUCACCCAGAAGAUAUAAUUUUUACCUCUGGUGGAACUGAGGCUAAUAAUCUAGUAAUUCAUACGGCAGUCAAGUAUUUCUGGGACCAUCAGCGUCAUUUGGCACCGAAGGAUGGGAGAGUCGACCUUGGAGGGAUUGUUCAAGUAUUGCCUCACAUUAUUACAUCAAACGUCGAACAUGACUCGGUGCACCUGGUGGUAGAAAAUCUGGUCAAGGAGGGAAAAGCAAAAGCUACAUUUUUGCCUGUUUCCAAAGUAACUGGAUGCAUUCAAGUUGAUGAUGUGAUAGCUGCUAUUGGGCCAAGCACCUGCCUUAUUUCUAUUAUGCUUGCUAAUAAUGAAACAGGAGUUCUCAUGCCGAUUGCAGAGAUGUGUCAGCGAGUGAAGAUUGUAAAUCACCAGAGAGGCAAGCAAACGCCCAAGAUUCUGCUACAUACAGACGCCGCCCAGGCACUUGGCAAACUCCAAGUUGACGUGCAGGAUCUUGGUGUGGAUUACCUUACUGUCGUGGGACACAAGUUUUAUGGUCCACGUAUUGGAGCACUUUAUGUUCGAGGGCCAAGCACAAGCUCACCAGUGUAUGCCAUGUUCAUUGGUGGAGGCCAAGAAAGGAAGUUCAGACCAGGCACAGAGAACACUCCAAUGAUUGCAGGACUCGGGAAGGCUGCCGAGCUGGUUGUUAAGAAGCUGGAGAUAUAUGCCAGUCAUAUGAAAGAAGUGAGGGAUUACUUGGAAGUAUGCCUGUUGACUGUCUUUGGAAAGGAAAAACUUCAUUUCAACAGCCACUUUCAAGGCUCAGACUGUUUGCCGAAUACCUGCAAUGUGUCCAUUCUUGGGCCUAACUUACAAGGUCGGAAUGUACUGCUGCACUGCCAAAGGCUACUGGCAAGCGUAGGAGCAGCUUGCCAUUCUGAAAAUGUCAAUAGGCCUUCACAUGUGCUACUGAACAGCGGCAUUCCAUAUGAGGUGGCAGAAAAUGCCAUUCGAUUAAGUGUGGGACGGGCAACAUCAAAAGAGGAUGUUGAUACCAUCGUAGAAGAUCUGAAGCUAGCAGUCAAAGAAAUCAAAUUGUGUGCUGCUCAGACUUGAGUAGCACCCAGAGAAGAACUGAUUACUGCCUCAGAAAGGUAGAACUCCACAGAGGAACCAUGUGGCCUUUCCCACCCAGAGGGAGUGACUUUAAUAUGCCAACAAAUUGUGCCAGUUCUUCUUUUGUGAUUAAAUCAAAAACAAACACAAGUUUUAAGGAAUUUCUAUUUCUAAUACCUGUAUAUUCAAUUUGCUGCACAUAUAUGUUAUGAAAACGUUCCAUUUGGAUUUAUUUUAGUAAUUUUCAUUGUUAAUCUUGGAUUAAUCAUUGGGGGUGGAGACGUGUUUAUUUCAGUUAAAUCCUAUUUCAGCAAAAUUAAUAAAACGUCCAGUUGGCUCCUGGAAAA